AUGGGUAGAAAUUUUUUUUUGAAGUCUUUUCUUUUCAAAUAUAUUGUUGUAGUUAUUAUAGGAAUAUUGUGUAUGGGACUAUUAAAUUUUUCAAUUGAUAGAAAAAACAAAGUAUCAUCAAUUAAAUCAUCUGAAAUAUGUCAAAGGAAACUGUAUGAAUUACAAAAGGCUGGUAAAGGAACAACAAAGGAUACAAAAUUAAAAAAGGAAUUGGAAGGUACAGAUGAAAGGGAGAAUAAUAAAAAUAGUUGUAACAUUUUAAAUAAUGAAGACUUAUUAAGUAGAAUAAAUCAGAUGUAUUUAAAAAAGAUUUUAAAUAGGGAAGACCCUUUAAAAGGUGCAAGUUCUGAUAAAGAAAAAAUUAAAGACAAAGUUAUAAAUUAUAAUGAUCUUACCAAACAUUUAAAUAGAAAGGAAGUUUUAGCUGUGCUCGAAACUAUAAAUGAAAAUACAUCAAAAAAUGACCUUAUAAGUAUAUGGAGUCAUGUGGUUGGAAUAAAUAGAGGAGAAAUAGAUGAAAUUAUAGAUAAAUUAAUAGACUAUACAGAACAUUAUAUGAAUAAAUAUAAUGAGCACCAUAUAAGUAUGAAUGAAAUAAAAACCUAUUUAAAUAUGAAUUCAGAAAGUUGGAAUUAUUUUAAAAUUCAAUGUGUUAAAAAAAUAGCACGUGAUGAUUUUGUUUUUAGUCAACAUUUUUAUGAAAACCUAAAAAAAGAAAAGAAAAUAAAGGAAAUCAAAAAAUUAAUUGAAUCAUAUAUGAAAUAUGCUGAUGAUAUAAAGCAAAAAGAAUAUGAAAGUUAUAUAAAGUGGUUUCAUUGUUCGUUCAACAAAUAUGUUACUUAUAUAAGAAAAUAA